CUGAUGGUUGUUGUCACUAAAUUUCUCCGAUUUGCGGUCGUGACCAUCAAAUCUCGGAUGGCGGUUGGAACUUGGGGUGGGGGUAAAGCAGAGGGUGUUGCAAUUUAUUGUUUUGUUGAACAACAUCAGCGGCAAAGGAAAGUGAGAGUAUAACGUACGUACGGAUAGCAUUGCUCCGGUAUAACCAUAAUAACCCUGUUGGUUCGGGCAAAGAGAUGCUUUACUCUUUUCUCUCAACCAUCUCGUUUGGUGAAAAUUGUGAGAACAACAAUGGUGAGCACUACCAAUACUCAAAACAAUGCCUCGGCAGCGGCUGAGACGGUCGGCGGCAACGAUGACAUCGUAACAGAGAUCCUCGUCCGUGUCCCGGUAAAGCCUCUUCUCCGCUUCAAAUGCGUGUCCAAGCGUUGGCUGUCCCUCAUCUCCGACCCUCACUUCUCUCGCCGCCACCACCACCACAACCACCGCCGCACAUCUCUCUCCGGCAUCUUCCUCCGCAGAAGAACCCCAUCACACUUCCAGUUUGUCUCUCUUGAUGGAACCCAUUCUAGCCCUCCAUUCACAUCCCUCGACUUCAUUGCCCGCAACAUCGAUGACCCUGCGGGUAUCAAGAUUAUACAGUCCUGCAAUGGAUUGCUCUUGUGCCGUAGCGUCAACAAUAUACUGACAGACCAGACCCAUCAUUACUACGUUUGCAAUCCGACCACCAAGCGCUUCUCAACGCUUCCUCGUCUUAGUAUUGAAGGACCCAUUACCGUAUUUGGCCAUUCCUUGGCUUAUGAUCCCUCCAAAUCGGCUCAUUACCAAGUGGUUUGUGUUCACAGCAGUACUGCCUCAGUGUAUGUUUACCAAAUCGAGAUAUACUCGUCCGAGACUCGUGCUUGGAGGCCUUGUGGCUCUACGUUCGUCGCGCCGUUCGACAUUGUGUUCGACAGCGGCGUGUUUUGGAACGGGGCGGUUCACUGGCUUAGUCCCUCGGGCUCUGCCCUGUGUUUUGAUGUUGACAAGGAGGUUCUUCUACGAAAAAUGCCGAGUCUUCCGGGUUCAGACGCUUGGGGAAAGAGGAGGUUCAGAUAUUUCGGAGAGUCUGGUGGCCAUUUGCAUCUCGUUGAGGUCUACGGUUCUCGCACAACCCAAUUCAAAGUCUUUGAGAUGGCGAGGGACUACUCUAGGUGGUUUGUGAAGUACGAGGUGGAUCUUAGCUCAAUUGUUGUCGCAUUUCCAGAGAUUGUUCGGGACUUCCUCGACCCACGUGACUCUUGUUACUAUGCGUUCAUUAUAGUUUUUGUUGUUACCAAUGAAGAGGAGGCAGAGCUCUUGUUGCACCUACCUGGUAAGAUCAUAUCUUAUAAUCUUAGGGACAGGAGUUUCAAGAAGCUUUGCGAGUUAACACCCUAUCAUAAUGAGACUAGGAGUUCGUUGCAAUUUGGAUGGCUCGAUGCAUAUCAAUAUUUCGAAACUUUGGCUUUUGUUUGAUUUUUUAUGUGACUGAAAGUUGUUUCAUAGUUGUCACCUUUCAAGUCAUUGUGGAUUUCAUUUGGUGCCCAUUAUUACUUGCAUUUCCAGAAAAUGUUGAAUUGCUAA